AUGGCUUCCAUUACCAUGACCGCCUCCUUCUUGGGUAGCUCCGCCGCCAAGAAUCUCUCCACCACCUCCCGCCGCGGCAUGGUGGCGGUGCGGGCCUCGUCGAGUGGCUCCGAGGAGAAGACGGCGGUGAACAGGGCAGAGGAGGGCAAAAUCAACGGCCGCAGGGAUCUGAUGUUCGCGGUGGCGGCCGCCGCCGUGUGUUCCGCCGCGAAAGUGGCGAUGGCAGCCGAGCCCAAGCCUGGGACCUCUGACGCAAAGAAGAAGUACGGGCCAAUCUGCGUCUCCAUGCCCACGGCCCGGAUCUGUCGUAAUUGA